AUGUCUAUCUGCUUAACCCUCGACCUCACAUUGGAUAUGUUAUUCAACAUUGUCCUUGUUACCGCCUUUGCGGCUGGCCUAGUUCAGGCUCUGCCACAGCCUACAGCCGUCCCUGACGACACAGUCGCGGCUCGUAGUGUCACUACGCCUGCUCCUCAACCUCGCCAAGCGGCAGUCAAUCCCUUUGCCGGCUACCAGUUUUACGCCAAUCCAUACUACUCGUCUGAAGUUUACAACUUAGCCAUACCAUCGCUCGCAACGUCGCUACGACCUGCGGCUUCGGCUGCUGCAAAAGUUGGAUCAUAUGUUUGGAUGGACACGCGAGCCAAGGUCCCAAUCAUGGACACGUAUCUUGCCGACAUCAAAAAGAAGAAUGCAGCCGGAUCGAAACUGAUGGGAACUUUCGUCGUAUACAACUUGCCUGAUCGAGACUGCGCGGCUUUGGCUUCCAAUGGCGAGCUCCUGAUUGACCAGGAUGGUGCCACGAAGUACAAGACAGAUUACAUUGACAAGAUUGCUGCUAUUAUCCAGAAGUACCCAGAUGUCAAAAUCAACCUCGCUAUUGAGCCUGACUCUCUGGCUAACAUGGUCACCAAUAUGGGCGUGGCAAGGUGCUCGCGCGCCGCUCCAUAUUACAAGGACCUUACGGCCUAUGCAUUGAAGAAGCUCAACUUUGCCAACGUCGAUAUGUAUCUCGAUGGUGGACAUGCUGGUUGGCUCGGUUGGGAUGCUAAUAUUGGUCCUGCUGCCAAACUUUACGCCGAAGUCUACAAAGCUGCUGGUACUCCACGAGCUGUUCGGGGUAUCGUGACAAACGUUUCCAACUACAAUGCCUGGAAAGUUGGAACGUGCCCUGCUAUCACAAGCCCGAACAAGAACUGCGACGAAGAACGUUUCGUCAAUGCUUUCGCUCCGCUGCUACAAGCUGAAGGCUUCCCAGCACACUUCAUUGUCGACGUCGGCCGAUCUGGAAAACAACCUACUGAUCAGCAAGCAUGGGGUGACUGGUGCAAUGUCAGUGGCGCUGGUUUUGGUCCACGGCCCACUACAGAUACAGGCAACUCGCUAGUGGAUGCAUUCGUCUGGGUUAAGCCAGGUGGCGAGUCUGACGGUACCUCAAAUACUACUUCAGUUCGCUAUGACGCCACGUGCGGUCGGGCUGCCGCGUUGAAGCCGGCACCGGAAGCCGGCCAGUGGUUCAACGCCUACUUCGCGAUGCUUUUAAAGAACGCCAACCCUCCCCUUGCUUAAAAGGUUGAGGUUGACACAGUACGAGGAAGCGUAAAGGAGGUCGCCACUCGGAGAAGUGAUGAGACGUAAAUGCAGCUGGAGUAUUGCAAGGUAGGGAGGGAGAGAUCUCAAGUAGCACAACCAACAUCGUAACCG